CGGCGGGGCAGAGGCCAAGGGUGAGGGGCCGGCCCCGCCCCGCGGCAGCAGCGCCAUGGCGGGUGAGGGCAGCGCGCCCGUGCCGGGGGAUGGCGCCGGCCCGCCCGCCCCGGAGCGGGUGCUCUUCCCGCCCACCUUCAGCGUGUCCGAGAUCAAGAACAAGCAGCGUCGGCACUUCAUGUUCCUUCGCUGGAAGCAGCAGCAGAGGAAGGAGAAGUUGGCGCUGAAGAAGAAGAGGAGGAAGGAGCGAGAGGCUCUCGGAGACAAAGCACCUCCAAAAGCCGUACCAAAGACUAUUGAAAAUCAGCGAGUGUAUGAUGAAACCACUGUAGAUCCCAAUGAUGAAGAGGUUGCUUUUGAUGAAGCAACUGAUGAAUUUGCACCAUACUUCAAUAGACAGACUGUUCCCAAAAUUCUUAUUACAACAUCAGACCGACCUCGUGGGAGAACAGUGAGAUUCUGUGAGCAGCUGGCUACUGUUAUACCCAACUCACACGUCUACUAUCGAAGAGGGCUGGCUUUGAAAAGAAUCAUUCCACAGUGUAUUGCAAGGGACUUCACGGAUUUAAUUGUCAUUAAUGAAGAUCGCAAAAUACCAAAUGGUCUUGUUUUAAGUCACCUGCCUGAUGGUCCAACUGCUCAUUUUAGAAUGAGUAGUGUGCGUUUGCGUAAAGAAAUAAAGCGCAAAGGGAAGGAGCCCACGGAACACGUCCCUGAAGUGAUCCUGAAUAAUUUCACAACACGGCUCGGCCAUUCCAUCGGCCGCAUGUUUGCUGCUCUCUUCCCACACGAUCCUCAGUUCAUUGGAAGACAAGUAGCUACCUUUCACAACCAGAGAGACUACAUCUUUUUCAGAUUCCACAGAUACAUCUUCAAGAGUGAAAAGAAAGUGGGAAUUCAAGAACUUGGGCCACGUUUUACAUUGAAGCUGAGAUCACUUCAGAAAGGAACCUUUGAUUCCAAAUUUGGAGAAUAUGAGUGGAUUCAUAAGCGUCGAGAAAUGGACACAAGUAGAAGAAAAUUCCACUUGUAAGUGAAAUCUGCCAGUUGCUGGUGACUAGGAAUACAGCAGCUGCUUUGAACUACGGAUGAUCUUGGACUAUUAACUAAUGAUAACGAUACUGAACAGUAUCUGUCUGCAGAAAGACAUACAGCAAACAUUAGAACUUUCUACAGCAGCAGAUCAAGUAGGAUGUGCCUCUCUUCCGAUUUGUAGCCAACGUGACAAGGACAGUGACUUUUUCCAGCUUAACAGGAGAAGCUAUGGCCAUGUUUGAGCAACUUGUCAUUUAGCUAUCACUAAGGAUUAACCAGAAGUGCUGCUGUGCUGUAGAAAGAGAUUAUGCUUCACAACAUCACAGACAAUAAAUAUGUUGCUUAAAGAAAUUUUCAGAAUAAAGUAUUUCUAGUUUUACA